CACAAACGUGCGUUUGAAAGCAAUGCAAUGCAGAUCUUCUUUCGAUUUUGUCCUUCAUCUCGUUCGCUUUCUUUCUUGCAUUGUUCUGUUCCUUCUUUUCCAGUUAGUUUCCAUCCAUGGCGGCUCUCACUUCUCUCUCUUUCUCUGCAGUCACUCACUGCCCAGAAAGAAAAAAACUAACCUUUUCCUCCACUCCUUUUCUCGCCACCUCUUCAGACUUCUUUGGCCUCCGCACCCAUUUCUCCUACCACCAUGUUGGCGUUCGAGCUUCCAACUCCACUUCUAACAUGGUUGUUCAAUGCAUGUCUUCUGUCACAGAUGCUCCCACUGUUUCGGAGACAAAGCUGAAUUUCCUGAAGGCAUAUAAGCGACCAAUUCCUAGUAUCUACAACACGGUGCUGCAGGAGCUUAUUGUGCAGCAACAUUUAAUGAGAUACAAGAGAUCAUACCGCUAUGACCCUGUGUUUGCUCUUGGUUUUGUCACUGUAUAUGAUAAACUCAUGGAAGGGUAUCCCAGUGAUGAGGACCGAGAUGCUAUCUUCCAAGCCUACAUUAAGGCGUUGAAGGAAAAUCCACAAGAAUACAGAAUAGAUGCAAGGAAGUUGGAAGAGUGGGCUCGGGUUCAAAACCCAAUUUCCCUUCUUGAGUUUUCAUCCAAAGAAGGAGAAGGUGAGGGGAUUCUAAAGGAAAUAGCAGAAAGAGCAGCGGGGAAAGGUGAAUUCAGUUAUAAUCGUUUCUUUGCAGUUGGACUUUUUCGUCUGCUUGAGUUGGCAAAUGCUACGGAACCAACAAUUUUGGACAAGCUUUGUGCGGCUUUGAACAUCAACAAAAGAAGUGUUGAUCGGGACUUGGAUGUGUAUCGUAACCUGCUCUCAAAGUUGGUUCAAGCAAAAGAGCUGCUGAAGGAGUAUGUUGACAGGGAAAAGAAGAAAAGGGAUGAAAGGACUGAACCACAAAAGGCUAAUGAGGCCAUUACAACAUGUUUGGGUGAACAACUUCCAGGCUUGUAGUUAUGUUCAUCUGAAUCAAUCUCCUACUCAAGACUUAUUAUCUUUGACAUGUUUUUUCAGUUGAUUCUUGAGUUGGAUAAGCAAAGGGGAAAGUUCUAUCAUCUUGGUUUUGCAGGGUACACUUCAAAGGAUAAAAUAUAGUAAUAAAAGUUGAUAAUCAAUGAUUGAGAUUUUAAUAAAAUACAUACGUGUGUGAAAAUAAAUUUAUUAUAAUCUCAAUGGUUGAUUAAUCAACAAUUACUAUUUCCUACUUUAUUCUAUACGGUGUACAAUUUAGAGAAAUCAAAUCCUUGGUUUUUGCAUGUUGUACUUAUUGUAAACUAUAAGAUUCAGUCAUGAUGAUCAACCUAAAUCCUUGUAACGAUUCUCUC